GUUUAUGAGAACCCAGGUACAAUAAUAAAUUUCCUUCCAAUGGAUGCCCCACAUUAAUCCAGAUUUAUGAACUUCCGUCUUGUGAAUUCCCAUUUCUGUAUUGUAUGACAGUGUGUGUACACUGUACACCAUCAUUAUUAGCAUGUGUUUCUUCUCCUCUGACCCUGCCUUUAUAACCAUAGCUGUUGCCUUACAAUCAUUUACGUGUGUGGUUUAUAUGCUACAUGAUUAGCUGUAAUGUUGCUCUUGCUGUGGUAAAGGUCGAGUUCUAUUGCAGUUUCCAUUAGAGUUGCUUUUCCAGGUUGAAUUCGGGCAUGGAAAGUUAUAGCAUGGUGAAAAAGAGUUCUAUAGAUGAGAUAUUCGAGCAGAGCUCUUGUGCUGUUUGCCAUCCUAGCGAAGGAAUGCCCCAGGGUUAUCUAACCUUGGGGAUUUUGGAAAGUGGGUCUGCAACACAGAUCAAAGAGUCUCUGUAUCGAGUACAUUCAGCAGGAUACGAAAAGUUGGGAGAACUAAAGCAGCCGAUGCAGAGUCAAAAGCAUCAAAUUGGAAGUACUCUUAACUGUUAUAAAGCAAACGAAGAAACUGAAGUACUAAAGCAUGAUAAGAUACUCAGUACACAACAGUGCUUCCUAGGUUCCUCUUUAUACUAUGGGGGACCUGAUGAGCUUUAUGAAAUUCCAGAAAAUGGCCAAGAAAAACAAAAUGAGACUAAAAUGGCAGUAAAAAAAUUGAAAGAGACAAUCGACCCAUUUCAUCUUGAAUGUUCCAGAAGGGGAAACUGUUGGGAAGGUUCUCUUUACUAUUAAGUUCAGAAUUCCCUCAAACUCCAGGAUUUUAUAACAUUUGAGGUGACAGAUUUUCAUGGUGAGAUGCUUAAUGUAUUAGUGACCUUAACAAUAUAAAAUUGGUAAAUAAUAGUCUUCUUUAAAUUGGUAAAUAAUAGUCUUCUUUAAAUGGGAUCACCUAAUUAUAUAUAUAUAAUAGGUUACCAGUGUUUGUGUGGA